GCCCCGCCUACCUGUUACCUUGGAAACAUUAGUAUCUAACAUUUCCGGACUGGAGGGAGCGCGUGAGCGAAGAAAAUCAACUGAAAACUCAAAAACUGUCAUUGACAACAUGGAUGCUCCUUUAAAUGUGAAUGAAGCAGGUGAGAUGUUUCUACAGUGGCCAUGUCUAUCAUGUGAAAACAUCAAUGUGCUGAUGGAGCUUUCUGUGGACCAGGUGCAGCUACAAUUAGCGGAUGUACUUGAUUUGAAGAAACACCAAACUUGUAUGAAGGAGGCCUCGGUGUUGGACUACUUUAUUGCAGGAUUUUGGUGGGCCAAGGAGAUGACCUUCACAUGCCAGCAAAUCUCAUUCAUAAUGUCCCUCUUACAGCUGUUGCUUGACAACAUCAAAGACAAGCACAUGCCAUUUGCUGACAAUUUUAAGGAGUUCACCCGGACACUGCUCUCAUCUAGACAGUCAUCACCAUCGGCAAGCGCCACCGUUAAUCCCCUGUUCGAUGUGGAUCAAAUCAAAUCCAUUACGGAUUACUUCAGUAGCAGUCUUUUCCAGCAUUACAGACUCUACGAAUUCCUCUUCACUCACCCGAGAGACGACAUGCUGCUAGGAAUGGAGAGAUACAUCGAGGUAGUCAAUUCAGCUGACUUCGUCGCGCCGCUGGAGGAGGGAACACCGACUGAUGACCUCCAUCACAUAGCCCCCUCCCCGGUCGCGCCGCCUGAUCAGGACUCGGACGCGUGCGCGGAGAAGGACGAGGAAGAGACGGAUGAAUGCGAACAGGUAGAGACACUCGAAAGCCGGGAGGGUUUCAGUGUGGGAGAUGUGCGAGAAGUGCUCGAGGAAAUGACCAGAGAGAUGCUGGGAAAGCUGCAGGAAGAUUUCACAGAGAAGCUGCGCAUCCAGGAAGAGACCUACACGGCCAGGUUAGAGAGUCUCAAGAGGCUGACGUCCAAAUAAACGUCUGCUGAAGAAAAGGGAAACAUCCACCUUUUCUUUUUCUUUUUAGUUAUGACACCAGGAGUUCUAAAGUAAAACCAGUACAAAUAUGUACUAAUACGCUUAAGAAGUGCUUUAUAAAAGUCUUAAGUAAGGAAUAAAACAUGGCAGUGGGUACUGUUAAAGGAAAAUAAUUUCCAAUAAGAGCACCUCCUUUAUAAUUUAUUAAUAAAUGACACCUUAUGUUUUUAAAAAAAUAUAUAUUUAUAGUUACAUAUAAAGUUGUGGAAUGUCCAGGAAACAAGUUCAUUUCCUGUUUCUACUUACAGCAGCGAUAAACAGCCGUCCAUUCACCAGCUUCUUUUUUUUUUUUCUUUCCUUUUUAGAUGUUAAUAAGGCAAAUAAUAAUAAUAAUUAUGCUUUUCAUGUCAAAACACAAACUGAGACUCCUUCCAUAAACGUUAAGUAAAAGUCUCCUUACAGAAAGCUUCACCCUAUGAACGAUUAGACAUUUUUCUUUAUCGAGUAACGACACAUAUUUAAUCUGUUUAUUAUUAGGCUUAGGUUAUGCGGAGCCUCGGCUGUAUAAGUCCUCGUGCACGAGCUGUUACUAUAGAAACGGUAAUGCGUUCGAACAAGGGCACUAAGGUAAAUCUGUGCUUUGACUUGCAGCCGGAACUACUGACAAAGCUGCUGUUAUAGAAAAUGAAUCGACAACUUCUGACCAAUCGAAUUUGAGAAUUCAGCGUCGCUGUGGUAUAAAGCAAAUAAAAAAUACAACUGAAAGAACAAACUGAAAGCAACACACCUAACUUUGUGCAGUAAGGGUUCGGUUGGUUUCUGGAAUGACCAACAAACUGCUAUGCAGUUCAGCCAGAACAUAAUACAAAUUCAGUCGUGUUGUUUACGGAGCAGUGGAAUGUCACAUUACAGCGCUAAACAUUCCUGCGGACUUACUCGAUCAUAAAGAGUGCACUCAAAACAUGAAUUCAUCACCCUUACUUGAACUGAAGAAUUUUACACAGAAUUUAGUUCAUUCAAAAUGAAUCAGUUUAGACAGACAGACAGAUAGAUAGAUAGAGAGAUAGACAGGCAGACAGAUAGAUAGACAGACAGAUAGAUAGCGAGAUAGAUGGAUAGAUAGAAAGACAGACAGGCAAGCAGACAGACAGACAGACAGACAGACAGAUAGACAGAUAGAUAGAUAGAUCAUUUUAUUUGUCCUCAAAGAGAAAAUUUGUUUCCAACGUGGUUGCGUAGAAAACAUAAACACGACACCAUACAUAUUAACCAUCAAAACAAUCACAGACAUAGACGGGAGAAGGGGACCAAAAAAAACAUCAGGAUCAAACAACAAAUGCCAGAUCACAAUGGCUGAUUACCUAAUGCUCGUAUAGCCAUAGAUACAAAAUUCCUACCAUAGCUGGUUAGUUGGGUCAACACAAUUUAGUAGGUCAGAUUAAUUUACUCUAGUGUGUUUAAUUAACUUUAUAACAUUUGUCAAACAAAAUUUUCUUAUUUUGAUCCAACUUAAUUUAAAAAAAUCAUUUAUAGAGGUUUAAUUCAUUUUUUUAGGUUUAAACAAGCAGUUUAAUUCAUCACUGUACAUAUGCACAAUGUACCUAAUGAACAAAUAAGAAAAGACCGGGGUCAGUACUGACAUUAGUAUAGAUCACUGAGUGCACACAGCCUAAGCACAUGCGCCGCUCUUCAGCACAAUGGUAACCACAAAAUUCAAAAACGUUACAGGAACUCCUUCAAGUGUCCAACUUUAAAGUGCACCUAUUAUGGUUUUUCAGAUAUUACCUUUCAUGUAGUGUGUUAUGGAGCUGUUUGAGAAUGUAAAACAUCUACAAAGUUUCAAAAAUCAAAGCGCACGACAAACAGAGUUCUUGAUUCCCAAACGAAGGAACCGAUUCUGAACAGUUGAAGCGAGUCGUUAGUGAUUCCAGACUCACUUCCUGUAGUAACCUACGCAGGUUUGUAACAACAACAAAAAACCCCGCCUCUGGUCUUCAUUUGCUGCUCGCUAGUAGACCAAUCACAACAGACUGGGACAUCUGACCAAUCAGAGCAGAGUAUGCUCUCUGAAAGGCGGAGUUGAGAAUGAAUCCUUUAGAAUCAUUGGAUCAUUGAACGAGUUGUUUGAGAAACUGGGGGGGCUCAUUAAAUUAUGAGCACGUUAAAGUAUUUUUUGACCUCAGAUGCAUGUAAAUCUAUUGCAUGAGACCUUUAAAACAAAUUUGGGCACGUUUCAAAACCAUAAUAAGUGCACUUUAAACACUAAUGUGUCUUUCCCUUUUCUGAGAAACACAUAAAAUAACACUUAAUCCCUAAAUUUACUUUCCUAAUGCAGUCCCUUACAAAGCAUGCUGGGAACUACAGAUCCACUGCCCAGUUAGUUAUGUCAACAAAAAAAUGAUUCAUGUAGUUUUACCACAAAUGUAUUAAGUAAACUUCAGUUUUAAAUAUUAUUAGGCAAACACAAUGAAAUCAAGUCAGCUCAUUCUAAUUAAUUCAACUGAGCAAAUCAUCGCUGCGAGUGUGUGAUCUUGAUUGACUGAGAAUGUGGAUAUUUCCCCCUUUGUAAUAUUUGAGUUAUGCUCAUUCUAGAUGUUUGAUGUUGACAGUAAAUACGAAGGCGCUGCUUUCAGAAAGGUGCUCGCUCUGGAUUUAAUCGUGUAAACAGGCAGUUAUGAUAUCCGUAAACAGCUCGUGAGCAAAAGGAAUAUGUAAUUGAGUGGUUUGUCUAAUGUUUGUGUGGAGUUUUUCCCACAAGUCAUUAGCUGUGUGAAAGUAGUCCAGCGCUAUGGCGAUGCAGCAUAACUCAUGGCCUAAAUAGCUGAGUUGCCAUAUAAAGUGAUGUAUUAUUAAAGCUGAAUAGUGGGUUUUCCACUGCAUUUGGAGGAGAAAAAAAAAGAAGAAGCAAAGGCGUAUAUCUAUAAAUAUGCAGUGCAGUUUGUAUUAGAAACAGGAGAGCCAUCUAAUUUUGUCUCUCAUAAUUUAUAGAGUGAAUAAACUUGAACGUGCGUGUUCAGUCAGCACAGGAUCAGAUUACACUAAUAUUCGCCCAUGCCUGCGUUGCACUGCUUUUUCCUACCCGGUUGAUUUAGUUCUUCAUUAGCCUGCGGCUCUUUGUGUUGACACAGUGGGGUAAACUGAGAUACUUUCAGGCUGAAUUCCUGACGAACAUGUUCGUGCAGCCUGUUGUUUGGAAUCGCUCUUUUUCUUCUUCCCCACUGACUGAUAGUGUCAUUUCCGAGCCAAGAGCUCAGUGACCUUUUCUUCAGUUCAUAGAGCAAUUUUUUUUCAAAACUAAUAAUAAUAAUAAUAAUAAUAAUAGAAUUAGUUUUUUUUUUAAACAAUUUUUUUUUAAAAAGUCCCCCUACUGGCCACACAAAGACACUGCAGAUAGAUCACUUAACACACUGUGGCGAGUGUUCACCUGUCCCUCAUCCUGAUAAUGGAUUACCAGAGGGAGGUUUCAGCUUUGCCGUCAUCGUCUUACAAGCAGCGAGGUUCAAGGCUUAAUGAAACAAGCCUGGCUCGUGUUCCUCAGGGAGUCCCUCUCAGUCCAGUGCACAAUCUCAGUCUUUAAUUGCCCUCUCUUUUGUGGUGGCGUAAACAUGUGCUUUAUGGGACGUGUUUACAUUUGACUCAGUACCAGUCUUGCCUCUCUCCGUGCCACUAAAGCGUUUGCCCCGGAGCUACCAGUCGAAAAGAAAGCUUUGUUUAUUUUUGUUGUAAAAGACACUGUUAGCUGUCAAACUAAUUCAAAAUAGAUGGGAUUUCUGUUUAAGUUUCGAACGUCUUACUCAAGCACGCCAACAAACGGGGAAAAAAAAAAAAAUCGAU